CCUCCUAGAAAAACUUACACGGAUUUCAUCACUGACAUGGCAUUUCCCAAAGCUUUUAUUUUGAAAGUAUAAUUUAGAGAGUGAUGCUUUUAGUGUUUAUUUCUUCAGAGGUUUCACAGCCUACGUGCAGGCAGACAUGAGCAGACCCUGGUAAAGGUAGACGGGAUUCUCCUGGUCCAUUCAAAGUCAGAAGAGACUCCGGUCGGAGCCGGCGGAGGGGAACGAUGCUCCGGAGAAGCCCGAGCCUGGCCCUGCUUCUCGUCCCCGCUCUGCUGCUGCAGCUGCAGCCGGUGGCGGAGGCUCAGUACGAGAAGUACAGCUUCAAAAGUUUCCCCCAGAAGGACAUCAUGCCGCUGGAGUCCGCCUACAGCUUCGCGCUGGAGCAGUACGCGGAGCAGAACUGGGCCGAGAGCGUCAAGUAUCUGGAGCUCAGCCUGCGGCUCCACCGGCUGCUGCGGGACAGCGAGGCGUUCUGCGGCCGCAACUGCAGCUCCGUGAGCCGGGAGGGCGAGCCGCCGCUCCCCGACGGCAGCCUCCGGGUCGUGCGCCACAUCCUGCUGAGGGCUGCGUGUCUCCGAAAGUGCCGGGCAGGUUUCCCCGUCUUUAAACUCCCCUACCCGCGGAGGGAUUUACUGGAAACCUUUGAGCAAAGGAUACCGUACAAGUACAUACAGUACGCGUACUACCAGCUUAACAACUUGGAGAAAGCUGUGGCAGCGUCUCACACGUUCCUAAAGAAAAACCCGAAGGAUCCGUCUCUGACUAAAAACAUGAACUACUACAAGACGUUGAUGGAUGUGGACGAGUACCUCAUCGACCACGAAGAGCAGCCGUAUGAAAGCGUUUUCCUCAAGAGCGUGAUGCUCUACAACAACGGAGACUUCAGCAGCAGCGCCAGAAACAUGGAGCAGGCCAUCACGCAGUUCUUUGAGAUCUACGACCUCUGCUUGGCAGGCUGCGAAGGCUCGUACGAAAUCUUAGAGUUCAAAGACUUUUAUCCAACUCUGGCAGAUCUCUUCACCGACGUGUUGAAAUGUAAAGUGAAGUGUGAGGAGCAGCUCACCCCCAGCGUCGGAGGUUUCUUCGUGGAGAAGUUUGUGGCCACCAUGUAUCACUACCUCCAGUUUUCAUAUUAUAAAUUGAACGACGUAAAGAACGCUGCUCCCUGUGCAGCCAGCUACAUGCUGUUUGACCCCAGCGACCAGGUGAUGCAGCAAAACGUCGCCUAUUAUCGGUUCUACCGGCAGCAGUGGGGCCUCGAGGAGGAGGACUUUCAGCCUCGACCUGAGGCUCUGAGGUAUUUUAACCAGACGACCAAACAAAAAGAGAUGCUCCAGUUUGCACUGAACUACCUACAAACAGAGGACGAGGACGUGGUGAGUCCAGAAGACGUGGCCAGCGUGCGCUCGGAUCACCCUGACGUGGAGUUCGAGGGGAUCGGSGACUACGAGGAGGCCUUCCUGGCUGAAUGGUGGCAGGAGCCCAAAACCAAAUGGGACACCGGCGAGAUGUCCGACUGACGAGUGUUCACGGGGCCAACGUGACCCCUCUGAAAACAAACCAAAGACCUUUCAACAAACACAAAUCUACAUUCCCAACAGUAUUCUGUGGAAAACAGCACAACAGAGAAAUAAAAGGAGCGACCUGUCCGCCAUGUUAGAGGUCGACGUGUUCACUCUCCGGCCUUCUAAAAACUCUUUUCUUGUCGAUCACUGACCUGUGUGCUGACCCACGUUCAUGGCUUUUCUACAAGUUUUUUUAUUAUUUAAAGAAAGUUGAAUCCAUUUGAAUUAAGUGCUUUGUCAGCUGCUCGUCUUUCGUGAUGAGGUGCUUUUAAUAAAAUAUUAUUUUAAUAUAUA